GUGAGAGACUCUCUCUCUGUUGGACAGUUCGGCCGCGGUCGAACCUAGCAGAGCCGAACUACUCGCCUGGGAGACUGAAGAAGAACUGAGACAGAAAAGAACGAUGGAGCUUUCCGCCAUGGGUGACCGCGUCUUUGCCGCGGAAGCCAUAUUGAAGCGCCGCGUCCGAAAGGGAAGACUUGAAUACCUGGUGAAAUGGAAAGGAUGGGCAAUGAAGCACAGCACUUGGGAACCAGAGGAGAAUAUUCUGGAUGACAGGCUCAUCCUCGGCUUUGAGCAAAAGGAACGAGAUAGGGAGCGUAGCGGUCCGAAAAAACGGGGGCCCAAACCCAAAAACCCGGCCACAAAGGCACGGGCCGCAAAAGGAGAACCAAGCAGCCGAUCCACAAAGUCCCGCCAGACGACAUUGCGCUCCUCUUCCUCUGCUCCCAGUCGAACGGCCCCUUCCUCCUCUACCUUGCCUCAUCCUUCACCAUCCUCCUCUUCCUCAAGUCUGGCCCCCUCCCCUAAGCUCAACUCCCUGGCCGCCACCCACAAGCUGAAGAAGGACAUCCAUCGUUGCCACCGCAUGUCCCGCCGCCCUCUGCCCCGCACGGACCCCAUGUCCUUCUCCAGCCCUGGCGGCUUCCCGUCCCGCCCUCACGUCUCUCCGUUCUCAGAGACUGUCCGGAUCCUCAACCGCAGGGUCAAGCCCCGUGAGGUGAAGAGGGGUCGUAUCAUCCUCAAUUUGAAGGUGAUUGACAAGCCGGGACGCGGCGGCUCAAGCAGUGGAGCCAGGAAUUUUCCAGGGGGACGCCACAACAUCCCCUCCCGUAAUCGCAUCAUCGGGAAGAAAGGAGAGGCUCCCUACAGACCUUUCCAGCCCCCGCUGAAGAUGCUUGGCUUCCCCAUGUACGGGAAGCCAUUUGGGCUGCAGUGCGGUGGUCCUCUGGCCUUCCAACCUCAACCUGGGUCCUGCAACACCAGGAACCCCCGCCCAGCCCCCUCCCGCUAUCAGGCUCCUCCUCCUAGCUCCAGUGCCUCUGAAGGAAAAUCUCUCCCCACUGCUGCUGCAGCUGAACCCUCCCAAUCCAGUGAGGCACCAGAAGCCCUUAAAGGUCCCGCAGACCCGCAGAAUACCCCGCCGCCUGCCACCCCUUCUGUCUCACCUACCCCAGCAACCUCACCAUCUUGCGUGGAAGGCGAUGAGACCCCAAACCCUUCCUUGCCUCAAGAUGCGGGAGGCCAACCCGAACCCGCGAGGGUGCCGGUUGAGGGGGACCCUGACUGGCACCCAGAGAUGGGACCGAGCUGCAAAGAUGUGGUGGUCACCGAUGUCACCACCAACCUGGUCACCGUCACAAUCAAAGAGUUCCCUUCUCCAGCCUCUGGUCCCGUGUCCCCGGCUUCCGUCAGCGCAGAAAAUGGUACUCCUGAGGAGCCUACCAUACCCAAGCCAUAGGAAAUUGCCACUGGUGUUUAAAGAAAUGUGCCCUUUUUGCCAC